AUGUUUGUUCGCCGCGCCGUGAUCCUGAGCAGUGGCUAUCACUCUCUCAUCCGCCCGACGAACAGACUCUUUCUCUCCUACUACCGCGCCGCCCCGACGAGAUCGACAGCAUCUCACUUCUCGUCGCUGUCUUCGAAACAAUUCUCCGUCUCGAAUAUAGCCAUGGCAGAUUCCGCAAGCACAUCUGGAGUUACGGCUGAUGGUUUGAAGGAGAAGCUUUCAGUGCAACUGGAGGCGCAAUUUGUUGAGAUUGAGGAUAUGUCUGGUGGCUGUGGCCAGGCUUUCCAAGCCAUCAUCGUUUCUCCCCAAUUCGAUAAAAAGACCAUGCUCGCCCGUCACCGACUAGUCAACACUGUGUUGAAGGAAGAGAUCGCCGCAAUUCACGCUUGGACACCGAAAUGUUAUACCCCGGAGCAGUGGCAGAAGCUGCAGGAAGAGCGAGCUUGA